AUGGGGAAGGGACGCAACAACAAGUCGAGCAAGAAGACGGACAAUGUCGAUCAAGGAAAGGAGACGGGAGAGAACGUACCUGACGUACCUGUGCCGGAUGCUACUGGUCCUGGCAAGCCUUCCACUCCUCGACUCUCUGCUGUGAUCGGACCCUUCGAGGACUUGCACGACCUGCAGAACAAGGAGGACAAUGCAGACGACUCUGAUGACGGCGACGCUGAUGGCGGGGAAGGCUCCGGAACCAAGGACCAGAAGUCAGAAGGGGAAGCUGAUGCUGCUGGCGACAAUAAAAACGAUGACGACGAGGAUUUGUCAGACCCGGUCCCAGAGGAUGAAGAUGAUGGAUAUCUAAGCGACGACUCGGACGAACAUCUUGAACCUGCUUCGCUUACCAGUGCUUUGGCUUUAAAACGCUUCACACUAACCUUGCUGGUGCCGAUCUUCAGGAAAGCGGAAGUCAAGCGUGCUGCAGUAACGAUCGCAGCUCUGCUGGAUGACUGGAAGGAUCAGUUGUCCCCGGAUGUGCUGCAGAUAACGACCUGUCAGGAUCUCACGCCAACUUAUUUCUCCGGCAACCGCUUUGGUCGGCUGCAAGUCACCUUUAAUCAUGUCAGGGACGCCAACUACGUAUGGAAUCAAGUCAUCAAGCACGAAUGUGUAAACGGAGACAUCAUCGACCUCACCUGGCAAUACCCGGAAGAUGCUCGUUUUCUUCGCGAGCGUGUUCUGAACCCGCUGGCGCAGGAGGUGGUCGUUAAGGGAGUGCCAGCCGAGAUCACUUCUGAGCUUGUCCGUCAUCUGCUGGUGGUGUCGAAGCUGGUUAAGCGAGGCAGGAGUGCCUUCGCCAGCGGCUUUGGUUUUCAUCGUACGCUGGACCCGGUCACUGGACUUGACACGGACCGCAUUCGCGGCCUGGUUGUCCCUCACGCUGAUGACGAGUACCGCUGGAGGUAUUUUGUGGAGGAUCCGACGACGAAGAAACGUUACCUGCUCCACUACCCGUCACUCACCUGCGAGCUUUGCAGCGGUCCGCACCUGUCCCGCUAUCACGACCGCUAUAUCACUACAAGACAGGAGAACUUCACCAACUGGAACCUGUCGGUUAAAAAGGUUCAUGAGAUGAACGCCGCAUCUCUGAAAGCUUCCACCCUCGUGAAGCGUAUCCUGAAGGACCCCGCCGUUAUACUCACCUCCACAGGAGGAAUGCGGGAGGAGUGGGUGUGUGUGCAAACCGUAUGCGAGAAGGCACAGGGGAAUCGUUUCGAGCAAGCAGCGGCCCACGUUGCAUCUGCCAGGCACAAGGGGGGACUUCGUACGGAAGGAGCGGCAACACGUGCAAGCAAGCACUCUCAGAAGAUGGCCGCAUUCAAGAAGGAUUUCAUGGUCAAGCCGGUGGUGAAGUGA